GCUGUGUAAUAUUAUGACGUUUUGGAGUAAAAUAAUUUCUGAUCUUUGCAGAAAAUGCUCCAAAAAACAUAAACAAAACCAGUAAAAUGACUGACGUGGAUGAUUUUGGACCUAUGGAAUCGGCAGAGCCGAUUUCAAACGAUGAAUUGACUAAGUUAAGAAAGAGAGUUGCCGAACUAGAGGAAAGAGAAAACAGUAUUAAAACAGAUCUGGAAAAUGAAUUUGGUCAAAAAAGAGCUAAAUUUAAAGAAAUUUUUCUACAAAAAGAAGAGGAAUUAAAUAAAGUAAAGGAAGAAUCGUCAGCAUCUGAAGAAAGAGUACAAAACUUAGAGAAAGAACUUGAAAAAGUUCUCUCAGAAUUAGAAGGAGUAAAAACGGCGGCAGCCUUAUCAGAGAUAAAUAAACAAGAAGUAAUAAAAACAAUACAAAAACAGUGUCAGGAAGAAAUAGCUUCUCUUCAAGGGCUGAUGAAUGAAGCUGCCGAUGAGGCAUCACAUUCUACAGCAGCACAAUAUGAUAUAGAAAGAAAUAAACUUGUGGAUUUAACAGGAAAAUAUGAAGAAGAAAUUCAAGAAUUAAGAUCAAAACUUGGCCAAGAAAACCGCGGAGAAAGUUUCUUAACGUCUGUAGCGAAAUCACUGAAGAGAGUAGGUGGUAGCCUUCCUUUGUCAGCUAAUACUAGUAUGGACCAUACUGCAGAAAAUCUCGAAGACAGCAUGAAGAAGGCUAAAGAAGAUGCAGAAGUAUUAAAAUCGGUUGUAUUACCCCUAGAAAGAGAAAUAUCAUCUCUACAAGAAAAAUUAGAACAAGCUGAGAAAAAAUUAGCACAGUUACAGCAUGAUGAUCUUCUUAAUGGUGAAGACAGGAAAUCUCCUUCUUUACCUGACCUGGAUGAUCUGACUAAUUCUGAAGAUAAGAUCAACCAGUUAGUAAAAUAUCUGAAGGCUGAGAAGGCAGCAAGAAAGGAUUUAGAGAUGUUUGUAGCAGUUCUUACCACCCAGAAAAAUGUUUUGAAUGAAGACACUGAUAAAGUUAGAAAAGAACUUGAUGAAGUUUGUCAUUUACUAGAAGAUGAGAAGAGCAAUCACGACUCAUUGAAACAAACAUGGCAGAUGGCUAAUGACCAGUUUCUAGAAUCUCAGAGAUUAAUGAUGAUGGAUAUGAGAAGAAUGGAAGGUGUGUUAUCUCAAGAACAACAAAGACAAAUAGCAGAGUUACAGAUGCAAGAUUUAGAACGUGAAGCUCAGGAGAAGAAGGUUAGAGAGUUGGAAGAGGCGAGAGAAAAGCAAGAAAAAGAACAAGCUGAAAGACGUAAAAUCAGUGCAGAGAAAAAGUUAGUGGAUGCAAUACCCCUGAAAACCAAAGAUUUACUUGAUAAAUCGAAAAGUCAAUCAAAAGCUUCCCUGGCAUCAACAAAUUCUGAUGAUGUUGAUUUAUUAAGUAAUGAUGUUCCUCCUUCCUUAUCAAACUCUGAUCUUAAUUUAAUAGCCGAUGAAAAGUUUUUAGACAGUGGAAUCCAUGAUACCAGAUCUUUAGGGGAUCUAGAGACAACGACCACAGUUCGAAUUAGUCCAGAUAAAGUUUUAAAUCUUCCUUCUCUCACCGAGGCCCAAAUGAAGGCCAUUACAGAUCUGACACCAGAAGUAGAAGCACGUAAAUCUCUUUUAGCUGUAGCAAAAUCGAAAUCUGAUAUGUUAUCUCUAGAAGGUAAACGAUUGGUCAGUGAACGAGAAUGGAAAUUAUUACAACAAGAGAUGAAAGCAUCUAGAGAAAAAUUAGGUCGGCCAUGUCAUAUGUGUUCUAAUUAUGAAGCCCAAUUACAAACUGUUCAAGAAGAGUUAAAAGAAUCUAAGAGUGAGGCCCAGAAACUUGAUCGUCAUUUGAAGAUUGAGAAAACAGCAGUUGAAAAUCAGCGUAAAUAUCAAUUAGAAUUAGAGGAAGCCAUAAAAGAUAAAGCAGAUGAAGCAUUUAAACAAAUAUCUAGUCUUCAGAAUAAACUGAGUGAAAGUGAAAAAUAUUUGACUCAAACCAAACAACAAUCUAUACAAUCUCAAUUACAGCUACAGGAUCAACUGAAAACAUUAACAGAUAGUAGAGUAGAGAUCCAAAAAGAAUUACAAAGAUUACAAGAUGAAAAUGAUAGUUUAGUUGGUAAACAUUCGAAAACAGCCCAACAAUUACAGAAUGAAGAUAUUAACUUACCAGAUAAUAUGGAGGAGAUGCAAUUAUUACUAUUAAAAUAUCGUGAAGAGAUUAUACAAGUUAAAGUAGCCAAGGAACAUUUAGAAGAUACUCUUCGAUCAGAAAUAUUAUUUUUAAAAGACCAAGUUGUUUCGGAACAACAAGAAAAGAGCAGAAUAGAAGAAACAUUAAGUCAGGAAAUACAUGUUCUACAAGAAAAACAAGCAUGUUUUGAUAGUAUACAAUCAGAACUUGAGAGGGAAUCGUCUGUAAGGGCCGAAGUAGAAAGUAAAUUCCGUGAAACAGAACAGACAUUAAAAAAUGUGCAAGCAAAAUCUAAACAACUAAUAACAGUUUUACAACAACGUGUAGAAGAACAUGAAAAAGCUAAGUCUAAAUUUGAAGAAGAUAUGCAUGUUAGUAGAUGUAAGAUACAAUCUUUACAAGUUGAUCUAGAUAAUAGUGAAGCUGUACAGAGAGAUUUCGUUAAAUUAUCUCAAUCACUACAGAUUCAACUAGAGAAAAUACGUCAGGCUGAGAAUGAAGUACGAUGGCAACAUGAAGAUGAUAUUGAUGAUUGUACUAAUUGUAAACAACAGUUUGGAGUUACUCGUAGAAAGCACCACUGUAAACAUUGUGGUAAAAUAUUUUGUAGUGAUUGCAUAACAAAAAGCGUACAAAGCGGUCGAAGUCUACGAGCGUGUAAAGUUUGUGAUGUUUGUCAUACGAUAUUAGUGAAAGAUGCAACUCCUUACUUUAGUACAGAACCACCACCCUCUCCAGAUUAAACACCACUCAUACUACAGCUACUUGUCUUUUAAUUGAAGGGAAAUUUUGCUGAAGAAAAUAAAGAUUUUGAAAUUGUGAUGAUUUUAUGAUAUUUAUUUAGAUAAAUUGUUACAACUUGAUAACCUGCAACAAUGUGAUACAGGAGGGAGGGUUUUUUUUAUUUUUGUGUUUCUGUUUUAUCAAAGUAUCACUACUGGGCUAAAUGAAUUCUCACAUCACAUUUCAUGACACUACAUUUAUCUCAUAUUGUUUAUAAGAAUGUAAGAUUAUCCAGUAACACUUAUCUCAUGUCGUUUAUAAGAAUGUAUGAUUAUCCAGUAACAUUUAUCAGGGUUGCAUAGCAUUAAACCUUUUGCCCGGGGAUAAUAUUUACAUGAGGUAGUUAAUGAGAUUGUUUAUAUUUUUUAUUUUGUGAAAUAAAAACAGGUUAUACGGCCCUCUUAAAGUGAUGCAGGAGUAUCUGAAAAUCAAAAUGAUCACUGAAAAAUAAAAGUAAAUUUUAGUGCAAUGAAAAAAUGAUAUAAUAUAUCAUUAAUUAGCUACUUUAUUUAACAGUGGUAUGGGAAAUUUUUAUAAAUUCUUCAGCAGAAUGUCCCUUGUUUUUAUUUAUUGAAUUGUAAUUAUAGAAUGAAAUAUGGGGUUUUAAUUUUUAUUAUUUUUCACCGUGAGAAUAUCUAUAUCUAGUGUUAUUUCUGUGUGAGAGAGAAUGGAUCAAAUGAUUUUGGCUAAUCCUGUUGCUUGUUUUUGUUUGAAUUCCAUAAUUUUAUUAACCCAUUAAAUCAAGAUGUUACUUGGACUUUGUUAUAAGAUUCACGAGAGAGAGAAAUGGGGUUUAACGUCCACUCGACACAAACUAGGUCAUUUCGGGACUAACAUAUGGUUUAAUUUUAUUUACAUAAUUCGCUUGCGCGUAGGGGUCUUUAGCAGUGGGAGGAAACCGGUAUAAGAGUCACAGUAAGAAUUCGGUGACCCUUAUAUGGUUCUUUUUUAAUUUUCACACAUAGGAACUAGAGAAACUAAACCUAAUUCUUACUAUAAUGGUUCAUAUACAAAAUGAAAUGGGGUUUAACAUCCUACUGUUUGGCUCCGACUGGACUAAUGAAGACCAACAUACGCUACAUAGUGUGCUAUGGGUCAUACAGCCUACUGGUAUAUCGAAUUCCAACUGUCAAAAGUUUAUUUCCUGAUUUUUAUACUCCACAUUGAAUUUUUGCAGCAAGUUAUUGGCGUGCGAUGAACAGAACUAUGGGUAUCCUACUAGAAACAUCAAUGCUUAUUGGUUAAUCAUAUGUCUGACGUCAAAGGUUCAAAAGCCGCUCGUAUGACCCCUGAUGGGACCUCCCACUGCAACUGGUCAGGUGUUCAUGUAGUAGAGGCCAUCGAAAGUAUAAAAAAAAAAAACGAAAUAUAGAUCUGUAUUUUGAUCAGAUUGAGUUAUUUAGCACUGUAAAAUUGGCAUGAAUAUAUGGGCAGGCCAUCCAGGCACUUACAUGGCAUGGAAUUUGGAGAGAUAUGGCUUACUCCAUGUAGGAACUAAAAUUAACUAGUUUUAUUCAAAUAUAUCUGUAACGGCUCCAUUAAAUCUUCAUUGUUAUGAUUUUAAUGUCCGCAGUAUAAGCUUGAAUGCUUGAAUUGACUUUUUAAAGUACAUGCCAGACAGUAAAAGCAGAUGGUCAAUGAUAAAUGCAAUAGGAUGAACGUUAAAGGUACCAUAAUACCUCUCUUAUUAUCAUUUUAUACGUAACUUAUGUGUAUUUAUGAACAUUUGUGUAUGAUGUAUAGUGAAUGCUGAUAGAUUUGAAAGAUAACAAUAAAACAUUCCUUUUAGUUAUUUAUUAAAAAAUUACUUAAUGCAUUUCUUUUUUUAUUUAUAUUAGACUAAUAGUUAUAAACAAAACCUGUAUACUUAUCAUUGUUUUAAAUUUACUGCUUGGUUAGCAGUUAAAAUGGCUCAUUUAUUAUUGAGUAUUUAUUGAUGUCUCUUUAACUUACUCCAGCUAUUUGUUCUCUUAUUGUCCCCCACCUUUCGAAGAAAGCAGGGGACUAUUAAAAUGGGUUCGUCCGUCUGUCUGUCCGUCUGUCCGUCUGUCUGUCCGUCACACUUUUUGGGACACAAUAACUCUCUUCCUAAUUGAGCUAGAAUGUUCAAACUUGGUGUAUGUGUUGAUUAGGUCAAUGCCUUGAUGGAGUUCGAAGAUGAGCAUUUUCCGCUUAGGGUAAGCAGAGAUAAGCAAUUUGAUUGGUUGAUGCUUUGGGACACGAUAACUUUAGUUCUAAUUAAGUGAGAUUGAUGAAACUUGGUGUAUAGAUUUAUUAUAUGAAUACCUUAACUAAGUUCGAUAAUGAACAUUUUUUGCUGAGGGUAAGCAGAGUGAUAAGCAAUUUGAUUGGUAGAAACUUUGGAACACAAUAACUCUCCUUCUAAUUGAGGUAGAAUGUUCAAACUUGGCAUAGGUGUCUAUUAGGUGAAUGUUUAAACUUGAUGUAUAUGUAGAUGUUCAUUAGGUGAAUGUCUUGACUGAGUUCAAUAAUUAACAUUUCGAGCUGAAGCUAAGCAGAGCUAAUCGAUUUCAUUUGUCGAUGGUUUGGGACAAGAUAAUCUUGAUUCUAUCUGAUAGAGAGUGAUGAAACUUAGUGAAAAAAAUAAAUGUGCGAUUAAUUAAUAUGUGUCAUCUAUUUAUUUUGCAAUUUCGGCGGGGGACAUCAGCCUCACUGUUGACUUGUUUCAUAAUUAAAGAGGCAUUAUCACUCUGAUUCAGCAUAACAGCUGCUGUUCGGUCCUGUCUUCAUUAGUCUGGUUAGUGGAAAGCGUUAAACCCCAUUUCAUUUUCACUCUCAUCAAAAAAAUAAAUGUAAUUAACCAACACUAUUAUAUUUAAAAUAAACUUAAAUUCAUGUAAUUAUGAAAAUUCCAAGUACAUGUAUUAACCUGAUUUUUUCAUGGGUGUUCUUUAAAGCUCAUUCCCAGAAAAGUAUUUAUCGAGUGGUUAUUUCCAAUAAAAGUAUACAGGACAAAAAUGUACGGGUAUCCCUAAUCGACAGCCCGACGAUUAGGAGUGUCUGCACGUAUGACGUCGAAGGUUGCACAUGGAGAGAGAGCACUUGAUGUACGUCAUGUUGAUAAACUUUAUGAAGAGUAAGACAUACCAUAUUUCUAAGAUAAAAAUCACAGAAAAAGAUACGGGCAGUGGAUAAUUCGAGAAUUUAAUUAGGUUUCGAUAUUUGUAAUAAAUAGUCAGCGAUAAAGGCAACAUCGUCUUUUGUAUGCAAUGAAUUCUCCACCAACAUCGCACCCAUUGUGUCAUGUGAUGGAGUUUUUAUAGCUGGGUAUUCCCUGACAAUUGCAAUGUUUUGGGAAGGAUUUGAAGCAAAAUUAUGAUAAAUUAAUUAGUUUGAAUAUGUUUUUAGUCCAAAUAUAUCAUCAAAUCACCCAGAUUGUACCCGGGAAUGUAUCUUUAAAACUGUAUAAAUGUUAAAAUCUCUGUGAUGGCUUGGCAGAGUUAUCUCAACCAUUUUACAUAAUGAAUCAUAAAUUAUGUUUUU